AUGGGUGAACAAUCCGGACAUUUCUCGUUUCCCAAGGAAGAGGAGAGAGUGCUCGAAUUCUGGAAUGAAAUUGACGCUUUCCAGACGUCCUUGAAAUUGACCGAAGGCAAGCCUGAAUUCUCAUUUUUCGAUGGUCCUCCAUUUGCCACUGGUACUCCACAUUACGGCCACAUCUUAACAUCUACUGUCAAGGAUGUGGUUCCCAGAUACGCGACAAUGAACGGGUACCAUGUCGAAAGAAGAUUUGGCUGGGAUACUCAUGGUCUUCCCAUCGAGCACAUCAUCGACAAGAAACUGGGCAUCACCUGUAAAGAAGAUGUUUAUAAGAUGGGUAUCGAUAAGUACAACGACGAGUGCAGAGCCAUCGUGAUGAUGUACGCUGAAGAAUGGCGCAAAACGAUUGGUCGCAUGGGUCGUUGGAUUGAUUUCGACAACGAUUACAAGACCAUGUACCCAUCUUUCAUGGAAUCAACAUGGUGGGCAUUCAAGCAACUGUUCGAAAAAGACCAAGUUUACCGCGGGUACAAGGUUAUGCCUUACUCUACUGGAUGUACGACUCCUUUGAGUAACUUCGAAGCUCAACAAAACUAUAAAGAUGUAAACGAUCCAGCCGUCACUUGGACUUUGAAAGCCAUUGGUAUGGACAAGACCUACUUCGUCGCAUGGACUACCACCCCAUGGACUAUCCCAUCCAACUUGUCUUUGUGCGUCAACGCUGAGUUCGAGUACGUUAAGAUUUAUGACGAGAACAAAGACAAGUACUUUAUUUUGCUUGAGUCCUUGAUUAAAUCACUGUACAAGAAACCUGAGAAGGAAAAGUACGAAGUCGUGGAGAAGAUCAUGGGUAAGGAUUUGGUAGGUAUCAAAUACGAGCCAACCUAUCCCUACUACAAGGAAGCUUUUGGACACAAAGCCUUCAGAGUUAUUGAAGACGGCUUUGUGACUGCCACCUCUGGUACAGGUAUCGUACACAGCGCGCCAGCCUUCGGUGAAGAGGAUCACAGGGUUUGCUUAGCCCAUGGCAUUAUUUCUGAGGAUGACGUAUUGCCUAAUCCCGUUGAUGAUACUGGCCAUCUAACUUUGCCCGUAACCGCCUAUUUAGGUCAGUACGUCAAGGAUGCCGACAAACAAAUUAUCAAAGAUCUAACUGCCAGUGGAAUCAUGUUACUGAAUACCCAAAUCAGACAUAGUUAUCCAUUCUGUUGGAGAUCUGAUACACCUUUGCUCUACAGGUCGGUCCCAGCUUGGUUUGUGCGUGUUAAGCCUAUCAUUCCUACGUUUUUGGACUCCGUUCUAAAAUCCAACUGGGUUCCCAACGUUAUAAAGGAAAAAAGAUUCGCAAACUGGAUUUCUGGCGCCCGCGACUGGAACGUGUCCAGAAACAGAUACUGGGGUACGCCAAUCCCAAUCUGGGUUUCCGACGAUUAUGAAGAAGUCGUUUGCAUUGGUUCCGUCGAAGAAUUAGAAGAAUUGUCGGGCGUCAAGGGCAUUCAUGAUCUACAUCGUGACAGCAUAGAUCAAAUCACCAUCCCAUCCAAGAAGGGCAAGGGCAAUUUGAAGAGAAUUGAAGAGGUUUUCGACUGUUGGUUCGAAUCUGGUUCUAUGCCUUAUUCUUCUCAACAUUACCCAUUCGAAAACAAAGACAAAUUCGAACAGAGAGUGCCCGCUAAUUUCAUCUCAGAAGGUCUGGACCAAACUAGAGGCUGGUUCUACACUCUCGGUGUGUUGGGUUCCCAGCUUUUCGGCUCUGUUCCUUACCAAAACGUCAUCGUUUGCGGUAUCGUUCUGGCUGCCGAUGGUAAGAAAAUGUCUAAGAGUUUGAAAAACUACCCAGAUCCAAAUUUGGUCUUGGAUAAAUACGGUGCUGAUGCCUUAAGACUUUACCUCAUCAAUUCGCCUGUUUUGAAGGCGGAGAGCUUGAAGUUCAAAGAAGACGGUGUUAAAGAAGUUGUUUCUAAGGUGUUGUUGCCAUGGUGGAACUCUUUCAAAUUUUUGGAAGGUCAAAUUGCCCUUUUGAAGAAAACCUCCGAUGUCGAUUUCAAGUAUGAUCCUCAGCUUAAGAGUGACAACGUUAUGGACAAAUGGAUCCUGGCAUCUUUGCAAACUAUGGUCAAAAACAUUCACCUAGAAAUGAAGUCGUACAAGCUUUACUCAGUUGUUCCAAGGCUUCUUGAUUUCAUCGAUCAGUUGACUAACUGGUAUAUUCGUUUGAACCGUCGUCGUUUGAAGGGUGAAAGUGGAGAGCAAGAUUGUUUGAAAGCCCUUAACUCUCUCUUCGAUGCGUUGUUCACUUUUGUCUGUGCUAUGGCUCCCUUCACUCCCUUCUUAUCGGACAACAUUUACUUAAGAAUGAAGGAAUACAUGUCUGAAGAGAUAUUGGCCAAGUUCGGAAAAGAUAGCAGAUCCGUCCACUUCUUGUCAUACCCUGUGGUGGACGAGACAAGAUUUGACGAUGACAUCGAAAGAGCCAUGUCUAGAAUGCAAUCUGUCAUUGACCUAGGAAGGAACAUUCGUGAGAAAAAGACCAUCUCUUUGAAGACACCUUUGAAGAGCUUGGUCAUUUUCCACAGUGACCCUCAGUACUUGAAAGAUAUCGAAGCUCUAGCAUCGUACAUUGUCGAUGAGCUCAAUGUGCGCGACCUUAUCAUCACGUCUGAUGAUGCCAAGUACAACAUCGAAUACAAAGCCGCUGCCGACUGGCCAGUACUAGGAAAAAAACUGAAAAAAGACGGUAAGAAGGUCAAGGCGGCCUUGCCCCAAGUUACUUCGGAAGAAGUGCAAAAAUACGUCGAAACAGGUAAAAUUGUGGUGGACGGCAUCGAGCUAGUCAAGGGCGACCUGACUGUAAUGAGAGUUUUGUCGGAAGACUUGGUUGGAGAAGGUUUAGAGACUAGAACUGACCAGGACGUGUUGAUCAUCUUGGACACUAAGAUUUACCCUGAAUUGAAAACCGAGGGUUUAGCCAGAGAGUUGGUCAACAGAGUUCAAAAACUCAGAAAGAAAUGUGGCCUCGAAGCCACUGAUGAUGUUAUGGUUCAGUACGAAUUAAUCAAGGACACCAUUGACCUUCCAAGCGUCAUUGAGGUGCAUUCCGAGAUGUUGACGAAGACCUGCAGAUCCGAAAUCACCAAGUUUGAUGGAUCGCAACAGGGCGAGAUUGCUGACGAGGAGCAAUCCAUCAACGACACUAUCUUCAAAUUGAGGUUAUUCAGACUUUGA